AUGGAAGUCAUCCAAAAGAACGAGGCAUUCAAAAGGACUGAUGGCAAAAUGCAAUUUUCCUACGUCCAGGUUUUUGUCCGACAAGAUGGCAUAUUAUAUUCCGGAAAAUGGACGAAUCGAUUCGAUUCACCAAAGACGCUAGACGAUCUCCAAGAUCUCAAGAAAAUACCAACCGAGGAUAGAGGCCCAAAAGUGAAAGCCGCUUGGUCAGCGAUUUAUAUAAAAACACCAAGUCUCCUUGCAUAUAUCGAAAGAAAUCUUGAAAAGCGAAUCACUCGCGAAAUCGAAACAUGCGAAAUUCUUCGCAAGAACCCUCAUCCCAAUAUCGCGACCUACUAUGGCUAUCAUGAUACUCACGGUCGAGUCUCUGGGUUAUGUUUCAAACGAUAUAACUCGACACUACUUGAAGUAGUCAAUCCUCAGCGCCUAGGCAAGGUUGCUUUCCUUUCAAGUGCGCGCGAACUAGUGAAAGUGAAAGCAGAUAUAGAAAGUGGCCUAGAAGGAAUUUUGGCCGCUAUCAAACAUCUUCAUUCUCUCGGACUUGUUCAUAAUGAUAUCAACCCUGCAAAUAUCAUGCUCGAUGAUGAUGGUACGUUUAUUCUCAUCGAUUUCGAUAGCUGUCGAUCUAUUGGGGAGUCGUUGCGUAACACCGAAACAAAAAGAACCCACCACUGGCAUGAUCCUACUGUUGAUAUUUCGCUUGAGAAGAACGACCUUGAUGCUUUCAGAGAUCUACAAAUUUGGUUGACUGGUUCGACGGAUGAGAAAUUUGUUUUUGAAUGA